UCGAUUGUGUGCGCUGCGUACUGGCUAACGUUUUUUUUCACGGACAGUGAGUGUGCGGAACUUGUGCGUGCGUUGUUCCUUUCUUCCGUGUCGGGCUUGAACGCGUGCAAAUCUUGCACAGGAUUGCAGCAAAACGGUCUCGUCGCUUGCUAGAGGAAGCGGUCUUGGCCGGUGGCGAGGAGUCUACUUGGAUGCCUGCUCCGCGGAUUACACUCCAGCUGUUUAAAUUUUCUUGCCAGUAAUUGCAUCGUUGGCGUACAGAAAAAAGCAGAGUGUAGAAAGUGACGGAAGUGCGAACCGGAAAAGUUAUAGGACGAUUGGAAGCAGUGUGAAGAGGAGAGGGUGGUGUUGAAUACACGCCCGCGUGGUACAGCAGUAGCAGAGGAUUGGGAUCAUCUUGCCCGGUGUUCCCAACUACGGCGUCAAGAUGAGUUGCCCAAUGCCGGAGAUUGGCUCCUGCAUUUCGCUGAUAUCGAAAGCUGAUAUCCGCUACGAGGGUCUACUGUUCACCGUCGAUCCGGAGCGUUGUACGAUCGCGUUAGCUCGAGUGAAAUCGUAUGGUACGGAGGAUCGCGAAACGCAGUUUCCGAUCGCGCCGCAGAACCAGUGCUACGAUUACAUUCUGUUCCGCGGGACGGACAUUAAGGAUAUACGCGUGAUCAACAACUCGGUUCCGAAUGAUCCGGCCAUCAUGCAGAUGCAGCUGCCGCAGCAGCAGCCACCACCCCAGAUGCCGAUGCCGACCAAGAUGGGCCAACCGAACUACCAGUCGCCGCAGGGUUUCAUGAUGCCGCAGAUGGGCGGCCCGCCGGCCGGUGGUCCGAUGGGAGCCGGUGGACCACCCGGUGGACCGAUGGGUGGACCUCCACCGCCCGGUCACCAGCAGCCACCGAUGGGCGGUGGUGCUGGCCAACCCUACAACGCAUUCGGCGGAAUGAACAACAUGGCAGAUGCGCAACCCCAGACCCAGCAGCAUCAGCAGCAACAGCAGCAGCAGCAGCAGCAGCAGCAGACCCAGCACCAGCCGCACCAACAGCAACAGCAACCUCCACAGCAACAACCACAACAGCAACCUCCUCCUACCCCUACUACUUCUUCUCAACAACAAUCGCAAUCGGAAACGGAAUCGGGACAAGCACCGUCCGACCACCGAUCGAUAAGCGACAGUCUAUUGUUGACUUCGUCUGGUUCCGGCCCGAUUGGUGGCGGUAGUGGUGGUGUUGAGCCUUCUUCACGCCACCAGCAGAAGCAAUCGGCGGUGGAUUUGCCACGAUCGUCAUCUUUCCGCCCCUUGCUCACUGCUUCUUCCUCUUCCACUGGCUCGUCGGGAGUCAUCCGAACGAUUCCACUGUCGCCAAGGGCUGGCAUCAUAUCCACCGAGGCCGGCGGUAGUGGUGCAGAGAACUCUCCUCGAACCGGCAGCACCGGCGCUGCUGCCGGUGGUGGUCGUGGCAGCGGAUCUGGAUCACUCACUAAGCGUGAACAGAAUCAACGGCAGCAAGGAAGUGGUGGUUCGCGUUCAGGAACACCGAGCAACAUGCUGUCUCGCAAGAGCCCAACGGUGGACAUUGCUGUACAAACGAACCAGCAGCAGCAACAACAAUCGCAUCUGCAUCAGCAACAGCAGCCGCAGCAGCAACACCACCACCAUCAAGGUCAGCAGCAACAGCAACCUCAGCAGCAGAUGUUGCAACCAAACAAUCGCGAUGCCGGUAAUAACCAGCGAAACAAGAAUAACAACCAUCGGGGAAACCAGAACCACCAGAACAACAAUAACCAGCGCGAGAGACGCGAUUCUGGCAAGCAGCAGCAACAACAGCAGGGUGGUGAUAAUCAACUAAAGGAUAACUUCACCAACAACAAAGGACGGCAGCAACAAAACCAGCAACAGCAGCAGCAGCAGCAAGGUCCAGGGCAGCAGCAUCGUUGGAACAAUAAUCGUAAUCACCAGAACCAAAACAAUGGUGGCAACAAUUUGCGUGGUCGCCCACGUGGGAACAUUGGCCAACCACAGCAACAGCAACAGGGUGUCGGUACAGGUGCCGGCCAGCGGGCAAAGAAUUUGCUAAAGUUCGAAAACGAUUACGAUUUCGAGCAGGCCAACAAUAAGUUCGAAGAACUGCGUUCGCAACUCUCUAAACUUAAGGUGGGCGAAGAAGUGAAACCAGAGCAGAUCACAACUGAAACGUUGGAUAAGAAGGAUGAUUCGGGCAACGAAACCGGUGCCGGUGAGCACGAGCAGGAAGAUGAGGAAGUGAUUUGCUACGACAAGGCAAAAUCCUUCUUCGAUACCAUCUCGUGCGAGGCGGUUGAGCGUGCUAAGGGGAAGCAGCAACGUACCGAUUGGCGCCAGGAGCGUAAACUCAACACUGAAACGUUCGGUGUCGGUUCCACCCGGCGUGGAGGGUAUAAUAGACGUGGGGGUUACUUCAACCGCGGCCCCAACAACUACCAUCGCGGAAGCAACAAUUACCGCGGGGGUAGCAACAACUACCGAGGACGCAGCGGGAAUCGUAACAACCAGAUGAAUGGUGGCAAUGGUAUGCCGCAUAACCGAGUGGCUGGCGGAGGUCAGCAGUCCGGUAACCAGCAGAGCGGAGCAGGUCAACAAAACCAACCGUCCGCUACAUCUCAACCGAGCCAAGAGCAACCGCAGCAGCAACCCGCGGUCAUAGAGGUCGCUGCCGUUUUGCGACCAGCGAACGAGUACAACAUCAAGGAAAAGAUUAUUCAGGCUAACCAGGAGUCGUUUGCGAUUCCGACACCCCCUUCACCGCGUCAUCAUGGGAUCGGUGAGCGAAGGGUCACAUUUCGCGAGCAGCUAGUCGACUACGAACCGGACGAGUACAGUAGUGAAGAUGAUGGCUACGGUGGUGGCGCAGGAGCCGGUGGUGGUGGCCGUAAGCGAAAUGCCGUCAUAGAAACGGUGGCCGAUGUGCACCGUGAUGCGGAUAACUGCUCGCAGCGAACCAAUAGCGGAACGGAUGCGGACACGAUCAUCGAAGAGCUACACUUAGAGGAUCGGAGCGGUCAUGAGGAGGACGAGGAAGGAGAGGAGGAAGUGGUAGAGGAAGAGCAACUAGAGUACGACGAGGACGAUGAGAACGGCGUCGGAGCAGGCGAUCGGAUCGAGAAGCAUAAGACUGGUGUGGAGGCCGAACCAUCGGACGUCGUCUCGGAGGAAGACUAUGGUGAAGAGGAAGUGGCCGAAGGGGAGGACAUACUAGAGGAAGGAACCGGAGUAGAGGGUGAGCAGGAUGAUGAUGAAGAAGAAGAGGAAGAACCGACCGAUGGAUCCAGCAUGGACACGGAGAUACACAAUCCGGGCAGCAGCGAGGAAAUUAGUAGUAGCCCGCUCAAGACGUACCGCAGUGAGGCCGAUUCGCGAUCGGGAUCGGGAGAUUCUCAAGCCGAGGAUGGGACCAGUGCGGGUGAGCAGCAACAGCAACAACAGCGUGGUGAUGAUUACGACGAUCACUACGAAGAUGACGAUGAGGAACAGUCUGAGCGGCACACGCGGAAUGGCGGUGAGUGUUCCGAUGAGGAGGAUCAACGGCCACCACUGGAAUCGCACCGUAACCGUCGUUCCGUUAACUGCCGCCGAAAGUGCUGCCGGCACAAGAAAUCGAAGGCCGACAAACUGCCGUACUACAACGGUUUCCGUUCGGAGUAUGGACUAUCGCGAGAGGAGCUGGAGGAGAAAACACGUCGGCUGGAAGCACGUCGCAAGCGGGUCCGGGAGCGACAACAGCGUCGAACGGCCGAGCAACGGCAGAAGGCACAAUCGAACGAAGAAGCCUUUGCCGCGUGGCUACACGGGAAGCUGCGGAGCUCGAUUAACAAGCACCAGAACAUGUACGACGUUCGGCAUCAGAGCGUCGGGGGGCAGCACAGCAGACAACAGCUGCAUCCGAUUCAACGACGAAGGAACGCCAUCCAUACGAUGCAUCAGCUUUCAUAUGGAUAGAAUUAGGUUGGUCUCAUUGCACAGUACCCGCGGUUGCGUUA